AUGUUCCGAUUCCGAGACCUCGCAGCCCUGAUUCUCGUCGCCGCCUCGGCGGCGUCUUUGGAUUCAGUUGGCGCCCGCGUGGUCCACCCCAUCGUCAACCCGCCCACCGCGGCCGCCCCAGCCCCCGCCUCCGACGGCCGCCGCCUGUUCGCCACCGCCGGCCGCGAUGAACUCAUAGCGCUAUGCCAACAGAUGCACUACAAGACGCUGUGCACCACGAUGGCGAUGCUGCCCGGCGUGUCGACGCCAGAGCAACUGCUGGACACGUCCCUGCGGAUCACGGCAGUGAAGGCGGCGAUGGCGGCGAUGAAGCUGGACCAGGCGAUAAAGUCUGGCGGCGGCGCGGAGGGCGAGGGGAUGGCGUCGUCACUGCAGUCGUGCCGGGAGAGCUACGCGUCGCUGGUGGACUCGCUGAACAGCACGCGGGACACGCUGAGGAGCGGCGGCAGCAGCGCGGACCUCAUGUCGGAGCUCUCCGCGGCGGGCACCUUCUCCACCGACUGCGAGGACAUCUUCGACGAGCGGCCGGAGCUGAAGUCGCCCAUACCCGGGGCGCAGCGCCACAUCAGCCGCCUCGUCAGCAACUGCCUCGACCUGGCAUCCACCAUCAAGGAGCAGCCCUAG